AAAAUGUUUAGGCACGAGCUGAUAUACCUAAGCAUCUGAUGACUAAACUCCAUGAGAAGGAUAAUAUUCCAAAAAUGGGAACUACAGAGUGGUUUGAUCUGCUGUAUCCUGAGAAGAAGGGAGAGCUGAAAGAUAUGUUGAUCAAGGUUGAAAACCAGAAGAACAAGGAGAAAAAGAAGUUAGAGAACCUUCCUGCAGAGCAGGGGAUAUCUCUGGAGGAGUUUGAAAGUUUUGAUCCAACUUCUGAGGACUUGAACACCAGUAGUACCGUGAUUAAUGGUCGGAAACCAUCGGCUAAUAAAACAUCCUCCUGGGCGGAGUCAGCUCGCGUAGAGAAGAGAAGAGCUCUGGUGAGAGAGGAAAACGAGAACACGGUUUCUAAACGUCCUCGCCGCUCCGCCGCUACAACUGCCGCUGGCCUUCUCUCUGAAAUGCUGGCGGAGGAGAGAUUAUGACGUGUUUCUCUGUGUGGCUCGGAACCCUGGUUUUGUAAACCGGGGCUCACACAGUUUAUCCGCCUCAACACCUCUCUUAAUAUUUCUUCUGCCCCUUCCGCCGCCUAAACAAACAUUUUUCUACGUCACUGGAUGGGCUGACAUCCAUUAUCCAUGUUGUUUAUCCCGUAGGGGUGGGGGAGGGAUAAAGUAUGACGUCCAUAAGUAAAUGUAAUUAGCUUUAAUUUAUAGUGUAAUAUUUAUUUUCCCGGAAAGACCGGCCAACUUACCGAUAAAAGAACGAAGUCCCCGCUAAACAAACACUUCUAAAACGGAGGAUGAAGGAAAUUAUUUUUCAAUUACAUAUGCGCUACGGUAUACACCAUCUCCCCACCUCUAAGGUUUUUCUUACUCCCCCCCCAAAAAAAAAAAAUCAUGAAGCGUAGAGAGUUACUCUAUACAUACCUCCUCGAGACAGAAUUAUAAAAUUUCCUCAAAACGCUUAUCUAAUUUCCAAGUAUUUGAUUGAUCCAGUGAUCGCAUAGCGUGUAAUUCCAAGAACAAAGGAUCACAUUUUGCCACGAUUAUAAAAAUAGUUCAGCAUGAGCUUUAAAAAAAAAAGAAAAACAUACAUUCAGUUAAAAUGUCCUGCAAUAUUUUAGAUUUCACCGUACUAAUUAUUCUUCAGUUUUUUUCAUUUAUUUGCAAGAUUUUGUAGCAUUAUUUUUUAUGAAAUGUAUUUUAAAUCUCCUAAAUACUCGUUGUAACAGACAAUUAUGGUAUUAAAGUAUUAUUAGACGAUCUGAGGACGAAUUUGAGCCGCGGCUCAAAUAUGGUUGGUUCCACUUAAAGUUGUAUUCAAUGUUUCAAGAUUUAAACUGGCUCUCAAUUAAAACCGGUUUUUGGCGGAUUUGGGACGAGGCUUAGAUUCAUUAAAUUCGGUCACUGUCCGUAAUUUUAGUUUCGUAUUUGGUUUCACGUAUAAAUUUUGAAAAUGUCCUCGCCAUUAUGCAAAUAUUGAUAAGAAAUUUCAGAUGAACCAGGAUGAAUGAGGACGGGAGCAGGGGAUCAGGAAUGACCUCUGAGGCCUCUAGGAUGCUUGAGGCUGCGCUUGAGCAGAUGGACGGUAUUAUACAAGGAGCAAGAUACGAUUUACCACAGUUCGAUAACUUUUCUAUCCAGGACUCUACAUUUCCCCCUGCAGUCUCAGUUCGGGAUGCGCUCAGGAGUUUAAAACGUGCAAUCUUGAGUUCCCAGGGGGACGUGAUCACCCAGACCGAUCCCGAGACCAGGGAGUUCCUGCUAACCUGGCUCAAGAAUAAUAAACCUGAAUAUGCGACCAAUCUUUAUAAUUCACAGAAAUGGUGGAACAAGGAUGCAAACUCAGGGAUUCAUGAUCUUACCGGAGUUGAGGAUCGGAUGCAGGAGCUGGAACGAGACAAGGAUUCUCUCCAGCUCCAGGUUACAGUACUAGAGGAUCAAAUAGAUGGACAAGCACGGAGAAUAGCGGAAUUAGAGAGAGAUCUGCGGAAUAAGGAGAACGCAUAUGAGAGGUUGGAGAAAACGAUAAGUCGAGACAGAAACCUCAGUGGUUCCGACAUGAGACAAGGAGAACUCAAAACUGAGAUUGCUAGUCUCAAGUUAAAAUGCGCAAGACUUGAGAGGGAUUUAAUUGAGUAUAGGAACGCAACCCCUAAACUACCACGACCUAGUAACCUGAGUCAAGGUCUAGCUCGUUCUCCAACUCCUGUGAGUAGUCCGGAUGAUAAUUCGCCGGUUUCCAGGAAAGGAGUUCCGCUUUCCGACGAUGAAAAUUUUGAGAAUUCUAAUGAGAUGGAUACAAGCAUGAUAUCCUUGUCUGGUCGGUCAACCAGGGGUAUCAGAAAGAUUCUGGGGAAAAUCAAAAGAAGCAACUCUGGUGGGUUUGAAAGUGAUCGAGCUCCAAGUCAAGCUGGAGCUGAUACUAACUUCAACCGAGGGGGUGUCCGAGCCACCGCGGGUGGACGUCUGGGUUGGUCGAACGCGAACGGAUACAAUUUUAAGAAGAAACGUUUCUCCGAGUGGUCGGUUGACAUGCUCUGCACUUGGCUGGAGACCAUAGGUCUAGGUCAAUAUACUGGAGAGGUUCAGAGACACAUAGGAACAGGUUCAGAUCUUGCUAAACUGGGUGGAGUAGAUCUGGAUACUAAGCUAGGGAUUAAGAACCCACUGCACAGGAAGAAAUUAAUCCUGGCUAUGCAGGCCAAGAUAGAUUUGAAAAGGCCUGAUCCUGCCGGAAACCUAGAUUGCUCCUGGGUUGUCAGGUGGUUGGAUGAUAUUGGUCUGCCACAAUAUAAAGAAAGUUUUAUUGAGUGUCGGGUAGAUGGAAGAUUACUUAACCUACUCACUGUAGAUGAUCUCUCAUACUUGAAGGUAUCCAACCUUCUUCAUCAUUACUCAAUCAGGCGUGGAAUACAGAUAUUAAGACAGCAAAAAUUUGACACUGAGUUCCUGAAGAGACGAGCAACAAACUCCGCCGAGGAUACUGAUAUUAUAACCUGGAGCAACCAUAGAGUGAUGGAGUGGUUGAGACAGGUUGAUCUAGCGGAGUAUGCUCCGAACCUCAGAGGUUCUGGAGUACACGGAGCACUUAUAAUCCUUGAACCAAAGUUUAACUCCGAGCUUCUAGCCGCCCUCCUCUCCAUCCCUCCUAGUAAGAGCUUACUUCGACGCCAUCUAAACAUACAUUUCUCCACCCUCAUUGGGAAGGAUUUGAUGGGAGAGAAACGAGAACUUCAAUCUGAUCCUAAUUUUGUCCCACUUACUCCGACAGCAAAACAUAAACCCCGCCACGGACAGUUUACACUAAAACGUAAGAAGUCUAAGGCUGAGUUUGAUGCAGAGGACUGCCUGGUUUGUCCUCUCUCACCAGCAUUAAAUUCGAAAUAUAAAAACUAAUCGAUAUUGAACAAAAAAGGACAUGUUUUUAUUUUAUUUAUUUUUACUCCGUCUUAAAACAAAAUUGCCUUUUCCCUAAUGGGUAAAAUUUUUAAACUAUUGUAUAACGCAAAAUCUCCAUUUCCCGGGAUAAUUCUUGAAAAUAUUUAUUUCGUUCCAAAUCCAAGUUGAGACGAGAACAUCCAUUAAACAAGAUGGAAGCACAUUUACUCUAAGAGUACUUUGACACACUUCAACGCCUCUCAAUCCUGACAAUUGUUUAUCUUAUAGUUUUAAACAAUAUGCAUUUUCAGCCAACAGCUAGUAAUAUUAUUUUGUGUAGUUGAAACCAGGAAACUGAAAAUCCUCAAUUUUUGCUUAUUUUUGUACUGUUGCCAAAAUCGAAAUUAUAUGACGGUUACAAUGUGAAGUUUAUUUAUAAAUCUUACUAUUUUUA